CAAAGCGACGCUUCAGUGCAGUGCAGUACUGCUGCUCGCUACAGUCGCAGCCAGAUUCAUUUCAGCUCUGGGCUGCUGCAAGUCUGCAGCUGCAACAUGGCGAGCAGUACAGCGAGGUGCUACUACUGUCAAAAGCUCUCACAUCGCGUUCACUGAUUGAUCUUGAUUCGUUCGCAUUGCGACGGAGCCAAGGAACAACAAGGGGGUGGGGUGGAAGUGGAAGAAGAAGCAAGAAGCAAGAAAAAAAGCUUGGGUUUUGAGGCAAAAGGAGGAGGAAGGGUGCCAUGCCAUGAUUGCUGGUGUGGUGUGGUAGAGGGCUAAAGAGAAGACACUACUCAUUUCAUUGGUCGAGCGGUAAAAGCAGGAGGAGCUAGCUGAGCUGCCUGUCUGCCUUCUUGGCUUGUUGCUUCUCCUCUUUGCCAGUUCUUGGGAGAGGAAUGGUGUGUGUGUGAGGCUUUUCCCUCCUUCUUGAUUGAUUGGUGCGGCAGGAGCUCGACUCUGAUGUGAGGUGGGUGCACGAGUGCCAAUCGAUCAACCAUAAGGUAAGCUCAAAAGAAGACGGUAUAGUUCUGGUCAAAACUCAAAACCCUUCUGAAUCAGCCUUCUGCCCUUCUCUAAAGAAGUGAAGAUACAAGGCUCUUCUGAAGACAAGCAUGGAAGAAUUCAAGUUUGGAAGGCUUGAUGGUCAGCCAGCAAAGAUCAGAAAUGUCCCCAUUGCAGUCACCCCGGAAGGAUUCUGGUGCUGCCCGUCGCAGGCCGUGCUCCACAAGACAAUGAAGAACCAAAAUCAGCAUGCCAGACCAAAGGGAGGAGCAUCCCCUUCUGUGUCGAAGGCAUCCUCAGUUCAGAGGACUCCGAUUAAUAAUUUGGAGAAAAGAACACAUUCUACUCCUACUAGGUCUAGAAUCAAUUCAGAUGAGCAGGUAUUCCCUCCAGCAGAUGAUGCUGUUCCUGAUCCACCAAAGGUAUCACCAGUGGCAGACAAGAGACAUAAGCAACAUAAGAUAUCGGUCGGAUUUGGUCAACUUCAUACUAGUGAUUUGAAGGUUAUGCUUUAUGGAAGGGAAGGGGUUGCUGUAAAAAUGAUUGUUCACAAGAACAUCCUUUCUGAAAAUAGUACUUUCUUCGCUGAUAAGCUCUCAAGGCAAUCUCCGGUGUCAUGCAUUGAGGUAUCAGAUUGUGAGGAUGUGGAGAUUUAUGUUGAGACUGUUGGGUUGAUGUACUGCAAGCAUGUCAAGCAGAGGCUGAUCAAGCAAACUGUUGCACGGGUUCUUCGAAUCUUGAAGGUUGCAGAAUCACUAGGUUUCCCAGCAUGUGUCAUGUCAUGCUUAAAUUAUUUGGAAGCAGUGCCUUGGGUUGGUGACGAGGAAGAAAAUGUGGUAUCAUCCAUACGGCAACUUCAUUAUGAGAAUUAUGGAGUUAGCCCCCUCCUGAAAAGAGUAGCCUCUGACCUAACAAAUCCACCAAAUGACACACUUGCACAUAUCAUUGAGUUGGUGUUGAAAAGCAGCGAUGAAAGAGGACGCCGUGAGAUGAAAUCUUUGGUCUUGAAGCUUUUGAAGGAAAAUAGCGUCUGGACCAAUGGUUCAUCAGACUCCUGUGCCGUGACAUUCUACAGUUCUUGCCGGAAUUGCUUGGAAUCAUUACUGAACUUGUUUCACCGAGCUUCUGAUCCUGAAUUUUCUGAGCAAUCUUCAGACAAAAAAGAUAUGAUCUUUAGACAGAUAACUGUAGAGGCUGAUAAUCUCCUCUGGUUAGCUGAGAUCUUAGCUGACAGAAAUGCAGCUGAUGAGUUGACAUCAAUUUGGGCAAGCCAAGGAGAGCUGGCCAAGCUGCACUGCAGGGUACCAGUGAUGCACCGGCAUCUCAUCAGCUGCCUCACUGCAAGGCUGUUCGUCGCUGUCGGGAAAGGCGAGGCGCUGCCGUCGAAGGAGACGAGGCAGCUCCUCCUUGAUGUCUGGCUGCAACCUCUGAUGGACGAUUACAACUGGUUGCAGCAUGGCUGCAGGUCGUUUGACCGGAAGGUCGUCGAGGAAGGGAUCGGGCAGACGAUCCUGACGCUGCCAUUGGAGGACCAGCAGACCAUCCUGCUCGCCUGGCUUGGCAGAUUUCUCAAGGUUGGAGAUAGCUGCCCAAAUCUUCAGAGAGCGUUCGAGGUGUGGUGGAGGAGGACCUUUGUCAGGCCUUACACUGAUCAGCAAGGGAGUUCUUCGUCACGACGAAGCUGAUCCAACACAUUGCUAAUGAAAAAUGGAGUUUGAUGUCAAGCUUACAAUGUGUGUAAGACUUGGUGCUGUUACUUGGUAGAACAUCAGAUCAAUAAGGGAGAAGAAAAGGGUGUAGGGUUAGUACUGUAGAGCAGUUGCCUUUUUAACUGAGUGUGUGUUUGCUGAACCGCUGAUUGUUCUUGUGUUGUAAUGCCUUGAAAUGUGACAGCUCUCUGAAUUAUUGUUACAGGAAUCAAUCCUGUAUGAUUUACUAAAUGUGAGAAAUACUACUAUCUUGCAUGUGAAUUUUG